AGCCCAACUCCCGUUAUCGUUGCAAUAAAAAGGCGAUCCACGCCAGGGAAGUGCGAUACAUGAAUGCCGUUGAACAACAAAAAGGUUGAGUGCCAAAGUCAGGUCCAGUGAAUUCAACGCAAACGCAGUGUUCGGCGUUUUCCAGGCGAUCAAGUCCACAACCGUUUAAUAUAAGAAACAAAAGGAGUUCCACAAUGUACCACUUUAACAUAAAAGCAAUUGUACUCUUUUCGUACGUACUACUUCUCGCUCUCCAAACGACGACUGCACGGCCGCUCAGCUCCCACGAACACAAGCCAGCCACACAGCAGCCUUACGGCUUUUUGCCAAAGACGAGAGACCGUGACAUGGUCACUGAGUUCCCACACGCCGUCGAUGAGCCAAUACUACACGAAUUGGAUGCGGAUUUAAUGAAAUUGGCCAAUGUUUAUAUGCAGGCGCUUUUCUCCGGCACACACACGGCUGAGUUGGAGGCGGAGUUGGAUGCCUUGGAGCUGCGUCUCUACGAUUUGUUAGACUCGCUUUAUAGGGAGGACCGUAUGCCGGAAUAUAUGAAGUAUGAGGCUGAGGUUACGCAUCAAAUGAUUGUCUACAACUUGCUGAAGAGACUCUUUGGGUACGCAAGAGAUGAUGCGGCCGCGUAGAAAGCUGAUGAAGUUGACGAAGGCAAGAAAUGAGGAUCGCAUGAGCGCCAGAGACAGCAGUAAAUAAUGGGAUUUGCAACUCAGCAGAAUUUUCGCGAAACAGUGGGGUUAUUGUGUCUGGCAAGGGAUCAAAUGGUGCAUAAAACAGUUAGUGCUAAGUGCUUAUGAAAUUAGGGUUUUAAAUGUGUGUUGUGGAUUGAAAGAGAUUACAUUUAAAGGAUGCUUCACUUGUAAGUCCAAUCAGUGAAAUUUCUCCAUAUGCAAAUAUUUAUAUAUAAAUCUUAAAGUUAUUGCUCGAGGAGGAUAUGAUGGUAUGUACUUAUUGCAGAGAGGUAAAUUGCGCAUAAAU